GCAGCACUCAACUCCAACCGCAGAACAGGGAGGUGCUUCGCUAGAUGUAUGGCAGUCAUGAAUACAAUCCAAUCUGCCUAGCGAUAUUUCGGUGUUUAUUGCAGGAGAAACGCGGCCAGAUUCUAACUCAUAUCACUAAGUUUCUCCUCAUACACUGGGAUCAACACUUAUUUCCUGUUUUGUGACUCUCGGGUCUGUCGGACAGCUAUGGGUGGACUGGGAAACGGGCGGCGUGGAGGGAGAUCACCCCCUCUUAUGAUUGGCGCUCUAAUUGCUUGUAUCCUGGUUCUGGGCUUCAAUUACUGGGUGUCCAGCUCCCGGAACCUGGAGCUACAGACUAAGUUAUACGAAUUGGAAGGCCAGGUGCGACGUGGAGCAGCGGAGCGAGGAGUAGCAGAGAUGAAGAAGAAUGAGUUUCAGGAGGAGAUUCAGAGGCAGAAGGAGCAAAUGAGCCACAUGGAAAGCCUCUUCAAGAGACAGCUGGAAGGAGCCCAGAACAUCUGCAGCCAAGAGAAGGGCACACUGCAGCAGAACAUUUCCUCCAGUGCCAAAACCAUACAGGAACUCAAAGGUCAGCUGAAUCAGCUAAAUGAUGACCUGGGAAAGCUGCAGAAGGAGCUGCAGAGUUGCCAAGGAAACAUCAAAACCCUUAACAACAAGCUCACUUAUGACAUGACCCAUUGUCAGUCCCAAGUCCUGUCCCAGAAGGAGCUGUGUGAUGAGAGAGUUGCUGCCGCUAAACUUGAAGUUCAGAAGAAAAUGGAGAAGCUCAUCCCUUCUCCGGGCGCCACCUCUCAGGAAAAUACAGUGGAUGGAGCAGUAAAAGACAAUGAAUCAGUCAUGACUGUGGAUAAUGCAGUUAAGACAUCAACAGUUGUAAGCAACACACCAGCCCUUCCUCAGCCCAAAAAUGAAUCACCUGAACUACUGACCAAUGAAAUCAUCGUGGACAAAGGUCCUGAUGCCCCAGUGGACCUGUCUCCAGCAAAGGUUCCCUCUGAAGUAGUGUCUCAGUCCGUUCCAUCAGCUGCUACAGUCAAGCAGGACAUAUUGCUACCCUUAGAGGGCACUACCAAAAAAGAGGAGGGUGAGGCAGAAACCAGUAAACAUUUAAAGAACAAUUUGACCGAGGAGAAAGACAUGGAAUUAAUGGAUGCUCAUGAAGAGGGUGCUCCGGCAGAAGUGGCAGACCCUGGGAUGGAAGGCCUGCUGAUUGGCAAGGUGAAGGGAGAUGAGAUGCCUGCUGAUCAGAAACCUGAGGAUCCGGAUGAAUAUGAUGCAGAUGAGAAAGGAGUAGGUGGAGUUGAUCUGGAGAAACAACAGCAGAAUAAAAAUAUCGACUUGGAGCAGGAGCUUGCAGAGUAUAAUGGGGAUGAUGAGAACGAAGGUGAAUUUGAAGCAGACAAACAAGCUGAGCUUGCUCAGAUCUAAGAGCUGAUGUUGGAGAUGAAGUCGUUACUUCGCAUUAGGAAGCAGGAUCCGUUUUACACUUCAGCACAACAGGUCAAUGCAGCCUUCCAAACAAAGUCAGGACAAAACAAACCUGAAUAGAAAUUUCAGUUAGACGGGCUUGUGACAUUAGGUUGGAUUUUUAAUUUUUAUGAGCAUUAGCUUCCUGGAAUGUAUUUUGUUUGCCAUCUUAAUUGAAUUCAUUCUGUGCAAUUUUAUUACAUUCAGUGAGAUAUUUUAUCAGUUGGGAUCACCAGGUUUUCUGUAUUAGAAUAAGAAUAUACAUAUACAAUGUACAAUAUUCUGAAAAAGCCACAAAAUCCUGCUUAGUUCUUAGCUCUACAUGCUCUUCAUCUCAUCUCUACAUCUCUACAAGCUUUGACAUCAGUAGACUUAGAUUAUGUGGUCAGAUGUGUUAUGUUCAUUGUUUUUUCAUUUUAACUUGAAUACAGUGAAAGAGAUGAUAUUCUGCAGAUCCUUUUAGGGUUAAGAUGUGAAAUAUGAUCGAAAUGACUGAACUCAAACUUUAUGGGAUUCUGCAGCACCAGCUUCUCUCAUCAACAGCUUCUUAAGCCUUAAGUUCGUCUACACAAAUGUCUAUUAGUGAAAUGAGGCUUUCCAUAAUUGCACCCAGUGAAUGAAAUGUGCUGAGAUUCUCGUCAUACUGCCGAGUCCAGUUGAUGCUGAAUCCAGUCAAAUUGGAAAAUCUAAAACAGCAAUCUCCUUUUGAUUCUCGUGUCGCUAAAAUUGCUAAAGAAGUAAAAAGUAAAGAUGACUUGACAGCAACCUGCAAUAUAAACAGUUGACUUAAUCUUCAGGAUUAUAGUACUGAUGAGCAUUUGGGAUCAGUGAAGCAGAAAAAAAACGAAAACGAAGCUUGAAGCACCUGGAUAAUGUUUGCAGAUCAGCAAAAUCGUAUUUUAUUUUGACACAUGCCUUACCCCAGUACACCAGUUUGUCCUUGUGGUAAGUUGGAUGUAGAGCCGUGGUGCAUGUUUACUGGACCUGCUCAAAGUUUUGUGAAGUCACUGUGCGAAAGUUGCCUCUGCUCUUGUGAACUGAAUGGACUGAAUAUUUGUGGAGAACGUACAUUAUGAAGGACAUUUCCUUGAAGCAGGAACGCUGUGUUUUGCUUUAGGGCUGCAAAUCCAGUUUAUGUGAACUGUUCAGUAGCUGUGCUAAAAUGUAUUCGUCUUUUCCUCUUGAAGCUGAACUAGACUGGAAAUCUUGUGGGUCAGGCAAACAAGAACUAAUGUUAGGCAUCAGAAAUAACAAAGUUAGUUAAAUUUUGUGGUGGGAUCUUUUGUUGCCUUGUGUUUUAUACAGGACAGAUGAUUUUAAUUUAUUUUCCAGGUACACUGUUUUAUUUCCGAGUGGUGACUUUGACUAAAUAGUUACUCAGUAUUUUGUAAUUGCCAUAAUUUCAAUGACACUUUAACUUUUCAUCCAAGACUCCUGAAUUGGGUAGUGGAAAGUGAUGUUCCAUUAUCUGUCUUAGAGUAGGUGGUUAAAAUACUGUAUAUUUUCAGCAUAUUGUAUGUACAGUUAAACUCUUGUGCAUCUGUCUGGUACAAAGAUGGUCUCAGAUUUGAUCACUAGACGUCUCCUUUCCAUUGUAUUUUCAGUAUCUUCAGCCUCAGUGUUGCGAGCUGAAGCUGAAGUUGCUUAGCUGCUCUUGUUCCUGAGGUUAAUGAACAAAUGCUGAAUUUUAAAAAAUGUCUCUACAGUUAUAAAAUCUGUAAGAACUGUAGUUUCCCCUUUUUGAUUUUAAAACUCAGCUGUACAAGAAAGAAAAAAAAAAAGACUUGGUUUUAUAUAUCGUAUAUAUUAGUUUCAGAGAAGACGCAUGCAUAGAAUAUACUGCAUAUGAAAAAUUAUCAUUUUCUAGGGAUUUUUAUCUGAAUUUCAAAUUAUUUUAUUGGCUUCUUAGUUAGAAAAAGAGGUUUUCUUCCUCCAAAUUUCUUCAGGCUUAUUUUAAAUGAACAGUUUAAAGCAAGUUUUUUAAAUUUAGGUUUCCACAAAAAAAGUGAGAUAAGACAAUAUUACACUCUUAAAAUAUAAAUAUAUAUAUGUGUCUUUAAACUUUGAGAACAGAAAGCUUUUUGGGUUUAAAAGAUGCUUUGCUGUAUGCGUUUUUACGGACUUCAGGAGUCUGUAAGGUAUUGGGAGCAACAUUUCAGUGCAAAGUUUUUCAUCAGGUCAAGUAUGAUUUUAAGUAACCCUGGAAUAGGAGUGCUGAUGGCAGAUUAAUUGUGUCUCUUGGUCGAUCAUCCAAGCGAAAUGUUGCUCCUGAGACUUUAUAAAAUUUGCAUUAUGUAAUUUUAUUUUCAAAGUUGCUGUUAUUCAUUGUCAGUUUUGUUGUGUGAUACCUUGGGCCAGCAUUGCUUUGUGUUGUUGGAAAGCUUUGUUGCUGUGUUUAAAAAAAAAAAAGAAAAAAAAAAAGUCCCAUUUUCUGAACUUGGAA